CAUCACUCAUCAGCAUCGUUGUUCACGGUUAGAAACCUAGAAGCUGCGCCCAAAAAUAAUCCUGGUCCCCUCGCCGUUUCAAACUGCAGCACCGCGCCACCGUCUUCUUCCCGCCCUCCCCUCGCCGUUUCGAACCGGAGCACCGCGCCGCCGUCUUCUUUCACGGAGAGGCAUUAUUUGCUGCAAGAGAUGAAAAUCUUGGAGGCCAAUGUUUCUGCACUUACAAAUUUCGAGGUCCUUGAUUUCAUACGAGGUAAAGGAGCUUCAAAAGAUCCAACACGGGUUAUUGCCAAAGUAGCAAUGUCCGAAUACAAGGUUUACGAUUAUUUAGUUAAUACUGCAGCUGGUAGUCAAACAAGAGAGAGCGUCAAAGAAUAUUUGACAAGUAUUAAACAACAUGAGCUGUCAGAGGCCGAGGUUCUGAAUGUAUUAAACAUCAGGCCAGCUGCUGAAGUUGAAUUAUUUCAUAUCAUAGAGGAUUGUGCAAUCCGUUUUCCAGAUGAACAGAUAGCUGAAAUAGUAGAGCUAGUAGAAAAAACAUUGCCAGCACCAUCUAAUAAAGAGACAUCAAAAGAAAUCUCUGAGGGUGAAGAAGAAACUGAAACACAGAAACAUGAAAAUGGUAAUGAGAUUAGUCAAGAUCAAACUGAAGAUGGAGAACAAAUGGACACAAGUUGAGAUUUAGUUUUAAUAUUUCAUGACUAGCAUUAGAGGAUCUCAUGAAGGCUGUUAGGUAAAAUAAUUUGAGUUGAUGAACAUGAUUUUUUACUUGUACAGGAAACUAACUUUAGGAAUGCAAAUGCUGCUGGCUUUGCUUACUCUAAAUCGAAAGCUUAGAAUUUCUUAAUAUAUUCUUCCAAUGAUAGAUUUGUUUCUUGUCCAAAGAUAUAUUUCACACCUUAUGAUAUGGUGAUGUCAAUUUCAA